CGCGCUGAUUAGUUAUCAAUCAGCUUUCAUUUUCCGGCUCACCCCCAGUCACUUGAUCCACUCACGCGGCCAACCUACCUACUGUACGCACCUUCAAUCUUUGUCGCAUAAGCCAUUCAAUCUUGAUCUCGUCAACCGGCGGUUAUCUCUUAACAAUCCUGCUUGCGAGACAUGGUCCCUCUGAGACCAUAACAGUAGCCCGUCAUGUCGGACGAUGAUUUCGAAACGGUUCGAAAACUUCAGGCUGAGCGCAACGCUGCUGUUGCUGCGAAAAAGGGAGCGCGAUCGUCUGGUCAGCAGAUCGAUCACCCAACCAAGGCCAAACUGACCGAAUCUUUCGACACCGACUUAUACGAUCGAAAUGGAGGCGACAGAUAUGCCGGCUACCUCACGUCCAUUCCCUCUGGUGAUGGAGAAGAUGAGGAAAUGGAGGAUGCUGAUAGCUCCCGUCGCCUAGUUGGCCAGUACACGGCGACCCGUGCUCAGAUCGACGAGUUUGCUCAUGGGAAUGGAGUAGAAGAAGAUGAUCCAUUUGCUGGCCGUGGUGAGCAUAGUACAAGAAUCGUUGAUCGCGAGACCGAUUACCAAAAGCGUCGCUUUGACCGCGUCCUUACCCCAACACGCGCCGAUGCCUUCGCCGCAAAUCGUCAGGCUGGCGCCAUCGAAGAAGGCCGCACCUAUCGUGAUGUGAUGGAGCUUCGGGAGCUUGAACGAGAAGAGGAGAGAGUAAAGCGUGUCAUUCAAGCCAAGCAGAAAGAAGAGCAGCUGGUCGAUGGAGAGCAUCAGGCGACUCUCCGAGACGGCGACAAGGAGAACAAUGAUGCUGGGUCGACUGAAGCUGUAACAGCUGGCCGGAAACGAAAGAAGAGAUGGGAUGUGUCUUCAACAGCCGUUGACGAGCUUACCCCCGCGGCCGCGGAGGCUGAGGCUAAGAGCAAACGUUCACGGUGGGACCAGGCACCGGCGCUCCCUACCCUGGGCGAAGCAGAAGCCCCCAAGAAACGUUCACGUUGGGAUCAAGCGCCAUCCGCAACACCCAUGGGGGGCAGUGGCCUGGCUACACCAAUGCAUACCUCUCAGAUUGGUGCUGGUGCUGUACCGUCGUUUGGAACGGACAUAUCCGGCCCCAGCGGUGUUCUCAGCGAUGAUGACCUUGAUGCGCUGCUUCCCGGUGAAGCACAAGGCUUUGCCAUUUCUCAACCUCCACCAAACUAUCCAACUGGCCACGCGCCAUUACACCGGAUCUCUGCGACGCCCCUGCCCGCCAACUAUGGCGGUUUCAUGAUGCAAGACCCCGAAAGCAACAGGUUAAGCGGGAGCCAGAUGCCCAAAGAAAUUCCUGGAGUGGGUGAGCUUCAAUUUUUCAAACAGGAAGACAUGGCAUACUUUGGCAAGCUUGCAGAUGGCUCCGAUGAGAACAGUCUUACAGUAGAUGAGUUGAAGGAGCGUAAGAUUAUGAGGCUCCUCCUUAAGAUCAAGAACGGUACACCCCCCAUGCGGAAAACAGCACUGCGACAACUCACAGACAAUGCUAGGCAAUUUGGUGCUGGCCCUCUUUUCAACCAAAUAUUACCCCUCCUCAUGGAGAAAACAUUAGAGGACCAGGAGCGCCAUCUCCUGGUCAAGGUCAUCGAUCGAAUUCUGUGGAAGCUAGAUGAUCUUGUUCGCCCCUAUGUUCAUAAAAUUCUGGUUGUCAUUGAACCGUUGCUCAUCGAUCAAGACUACUAUGCGCGUGUGGAAGGUCGCGAGAUUAUCUCCAACCUAAGUAAGGCAGCUGGCUUGGCUACCAUGAUUAGUGUGAUGAGACCAGAUAUCGAUCACGUUGACGAGUAUGUCCGAAACACGACAGCUAGAGCAUUUGCUGUUGUUGCUUCUGCUCUCGGCAUCCCAGCCCUCCUCCCCUUUCUGCGUGCCGUAUGUCGCAGCAAGAAAUCUUGGCAGGCUCGGCAUACUGGCGUAAAAAUCGUACAACAAAUCCCAAUCUUAAUGGGUUGUGCAGUCCUACCUCACCUUAAAGGCCUUGUGGAUUGUAUAGGACCCAACCUAAACGAUGAGCAAACAAAAGUACGAACCGUUACUAGUUUAGCGAUAGCUGCUCUAGCCGAGGCUUCUAACCCUUAUGGUAUUGAAAGUUUCGAUGACAUCCUCAACCCCUUGUGGACAGGCGCACGAAAGCAGCGUGGCAAAGGUCUCGCAGGGUUCCUCAAAGCCGUUGGCUACAUCAUUCCACUCAUGGACGAGGAGUAUGCCAAUUAUUACACUUCUCAAGUCAUGGACAUCCUCCUUCGAGAAUUCUCUUCACCGGAUGAGGAAAUGAAAAAGGUAGUUCUAAAGGUGGUAUCUCAAUGUGCCGGAACUGAAGGCGUCACAGCCGGCUACCUGAAAGAACAUGUUCUUGAUGAGUUCUUCAAGAGUUUCUGGGUUCGCAGGAUGGCUCUUGAUAAAAGGAACUACCGCCAAGUCGUUGAAACAACUGUCGACAUCGGCCAGAAGGUUGGCGUCAGCGAAAUUCUAGAGCGAAUAGUUGGAAAUCUCAAAGACGAGAGCGAAGCUUACCGCAAAAUGACAGUUGAGACUGUCGAGAAGGUUGUUGCUAGUCUUGGCGCUGCCGACAUUGGUGAGCGGCUUGAAGAACGACUCAUUGACGGCAUUCUUCAUUCCUUCCAGGAACAAAGUGUAGAGGAUGUCAUCAUGCUAAACGGCUUUGGAACCGUUGUGAACGCACUAGGUACACGUUGCAAACCCUAUAUACCACAAAUAGUGUCGACUAUUCUGUGGCGCCUCAACAACAAAUCUGCAACUAUUCGCCAGCAGGCCGCUGACCUCAUCAGCCGCAUCGCCAUGGUCAUGAAACAAUGCGGUGAGGAUGCGCUAAUGGGAAAGCUAGGUGUUGUUUUAUACGAAUAUCUUGGUGAGGAAUAUCCAGAGGUUUUGGGUUCCAUUCUCUCGGCUCUUCGUGCGAUUGUUACAGUCGUCGGUAUCAGUCAAAUGCAACCUCCUAUCAAGGAUCUCCUCCCCCGCCUCACCCCGAUUCUCCGUAACCGCCACGAAAAGGUACAAGAAAAUACCAUUGAUUUAGUUGGACGUAUCGCCGAUCGAGGUCCUGAGAGCGUUAAUGCUAGAGAGUGGAUGCGAAUCUGCUUUGAACUACUGGACAUGCUCAAAGCCCACAAAAAGGGUAUUCGUCGAGCUGCCAACAAUACGUUUGGCUUCAUCGCCAAGGCGAUUGGACCUCAAGAUGUAUUAGCCACCCUGCUCAACAAUCUUCGCGUUCAAGAACGACAAUCACGAGUGUGCACGGCUGUUGCUAUCGGUAUCGUUGCAGAGACUUGCGCCCCCUUUACCGUUCUGCCAGCCCUUAUGAACGAGUAUAGGGUUCCUGAGCUCAAUGUGCAAAACGGUGUGCUCAAAUCACUCUCUUUCCUUUUUGAGUAUAUUGGAGAGAUGGCUAAGGACUACGUCUACGCCGUCACGCCUCUGCUCGAGGAUGCUUUGAUCGACCGAGACCAAGUACAUCGGCAAACAGCCGCAUCUGUAGUCAAACAUAUUGCGCUAGGCGUUGUCGGCUUGGGUUGUGAAGAUGCCAUGGUGCAUCUUUUAAACGUAAUCUUUCCCAAUAUCUUUGAGACAAGCCCGCACGUCAUUGACCGUAUCGUGGAAGCUAUCGAAGCCAUUCGCGUGGCGGUUGGCCCUGGUCUCGUCAUGAACUAUGUCUGGGCCGGCCUCUUCCACCCAGCUCGCAAAGUCAGACAACCAUACUGGCGACUGUACAAUGAUGCUUAUGUAUACCAGGCUGAUGCCCUAGUUCCCUAUUACCCAAAUCUCAAAGAGGAUGGCAUUGACAGACCAGAGUUAGCGAUUGUGUUGUAGAAAAGAUAUAUCAUUUUUUUCGCUUCUCACUGGGCCUUAGCAAUAGGGAAAUACGGCGUCAUGGAGUCUUGUACUGUAUAGUAUCUAAUUAUAUCCAUUUCGAAUAAUAAAAAAAGGAGAGCUUUUCCAUGAUGUUGGUUUCCUGCCUAUGCCUUCUUGUGUUGUUCGUUCAGGGGACUGUUGAUGUAUGUAUAUAUGUGUACUCUCCGAGGUGUGGGUGACACCUGGUUGUUUAAACUCAUGCCUAUUGCUUGUCCUAUGGCUUGAUGUGUCGCUUCGACGUUAGAUUACAUCUUGAGAAAUAUAGCUUACGGUCGUUCAUUUCACUCUAUUGUAGCGAUUAAGGCAGUUGAUAGGUAGAUGUAUCCUUGAUUCGAAAAAACCAUGUGAACAAAACAUCAUAACCGUACUUGUUUCAUUGCCUGCCUAUUGAAGGUAAAGCGUAC